GGAUGCCUGUGCUUGUGUCUGCCGUCUGAGCUCGGAAGCUAUAUUAACAACGCAAGAAACUGCUUUGGAGAGUUUCUUUUAUUCCCAUGUAUCUCGACUCAUAUUCAAUGCCGUACUAUUCGAGCUUUAGACAAUCUUAAACAAUCAAGCCCCUUCUAAGUCACUGAAACUAUUUUUGAUCUUUUCUUGGUUUUUCUGUUUUAUCCUUCUUUCUUCCAGAGCGGCAGUAAUUCAGAAAAGGAGAUAGUCGCGACUUUUCCUUAAGACAAGUACGCAUACAGCGAAAGACUGAAAAGGGCCUCAAAUCUUGAAAAAUGGCGACUCCCUAUUUCCCUCCACCACCAGGUCAAGAAUCUCAAUUUCCUCCCCCUCAGAGAGCCGCAACGUUCCAGUCGCACCCCCACAGAGUCUCAGAUGUCUCUGCGCCUGACUUCGAUUUCCCUGCGCCGCAGAGGCAACAGACAGCGCCGACAGUGACACCGCCGCCGACUGAUAUUAACUCCGCAGCGUUUGCUGCAAAUGGAUAUAACACCAGUCCAUUUGGGCCAACCCCAGUGCAACCUCCCCAACCUUCCCCGCCGCCAUCGCUUCCAGCAGCUGUACAAUCCCAGUCCGCUCAGAUCCUACCCGCUACUAAUCAAGAUGAUGUCGGCACGUUCAACGGCGGGAGUUACAGAAUCAGUCAUCGGGACAGUAAUUCGAUCCUUACCAUGCAGCUAGCGAUGGGAUGUCCAAUAGAAGCGAAGCCAGGCGUGAUGGUUGCAAUGUCGGGAAAGAUCUCGCUCCGGGGAAGUAUGAAGUGGAGCAUGAUGAAAAUGCUCGCAGGUUCAAUGACCUUCUCCACAUAUACUGGUCCUGGUGAGAUCCUACUCGCUCCGCCAACACUGGGAGAUAUCAUUGUCCUGCGCCUCAAUGGCACAGAGACAUGGAAAGUUGGCAAAGACGGAUUCCUAGCCGCGACCAGUGGAGUCGUGAAGGAUUACAAGGCCCAGGGAUUGACGAAGGCCGUUUUCUCGGGAGAGGGGUUCAUCAUCUACCAUAUGUCUGGGACCGGUCUUCUAUGGCUUCAAAGCUUUGGCGCCAUUAUCAGGAAAGAUAUCCCUGAAGGCGAAUCAUACCUGGUCGACAACGGCUAUCUCGUCGCCUGGAAUUGCAAGUACACUAUGACGCGGGCUGCCGGGGGAGGCAUGUUCUCGACUUAUAGCUCCGCUGAAGGACUUGCCUGUAAAUUCGACGGCCCUGGGACGGUGUACUUGCAGACGAGAAAUGCCGCUGCCUUUGCGGCUCAUCUCAGUACCAAGUAGUAACAGACUUUGGCUGGUCUGAUUUGUGGGAACCGCCGCAGAGAGCUGGUUUCUUGUUUCAUUUUGUUUGUUUAUACUUGUUGCAAAUACCUCUUCUUCUUGCUUUUUUGCCUGUUGUCAUGACUAUAUUCCCCCUGGUUUCAAAUUGGCUAUACUAUGUUGUUAAUGAGCGUAUUUUAUACCGAUUAUCUUUUCAGCGUCGAAAAUUGUAUAUGUUUCUCAUACACGACCAUACGGCUAGUUGAAAUCAUGUGUCCAAGAAAGCGUCUCAUGGCUGCCAAUCGGUCUUAGUAUCGUCUUGCUCAUUCAGAAAGUCGAGCAUAUUAUGGCAUCGCUUGGAUACAGACUCUUACUCUAAU